UGUCACAGACAUGCAGAACCGCUCAGCACCUGCACAGCAGAAAGACCGAGGAGAGUUGAAGAUAGGAUGGAAACGUGUCGACACACAAUGGAAACAGAUGGUUCGGAUCCAAACGAGCGAAGCUUCCGGAUAGUGCAAGAGCGAGCCAAAACCAUUCAAAGGUUCAUGACUGAGGCGCAAACUAUCCUACUUAACGGGUGCGACAUGUCAGCCCCGCUCGCCAUGUUUCUAACAAUGUGGUGCUGGUUUCGAGCUUCCGCGGCUGCUCGAACGAUGGUCAAGUGUGUCUCAAAGGUCGAACGAAGGGCCCAGCGUGCAGUAGCGCUGCCGGUAAUGUCAUUGUCGGGUCAACCUAGUCAUCAAGGUUUCUCGCAGGAUGGUGGCGUACGAUCCAUGAUCGACGGGCCCGCGAUAGGCAGUUUUGGUGGUGGUUAAGCUUCACGAUCGUCUGGCCAGCUGCCACGGUGGUAAGGCCUGACACGCGAUGUGCUCGAGGCGAUGGAGUUUAAAACCAGGGACGUUUCAGGCAAUGGCAUGCCGUUUCUGUCUCUCCGCUCGUGCAUGCAUGGUAUCUAUCUUCGACCAUUGAUUUAUUUCCGC